UUUUGGGAAAACAAAAACCCUCUCAAACCCUCCUCAACUCUAUUCCUCUCCCCCACAAACCUCUCUUUUCCCUCCUCUCUAGUCUCCACUGCCUCCUCCUCCUUCAGCGUUCUAUGUAGUUGUUCCGGCAAAGUACAUAACAUACUUUACCUAUAAUCACUCACAUAUUCUCUCUCUCCUCUAACUUCACCACUCUCUUUGUCACUUAAAACCUUAUAUAUAAACACUCUUAAUUAUCAGUCUGUACUUCUUUCACAACAAUCAUCAAUGGCGACAUCGAAGGAAGCUCAAGCGGUGAAGUACCUCAACACUACUCCUGGACACCGCAACCGCCGCUUUGUGUUCAAAUCAUUUGCACAAAGAAUUGAUGAGCUUGAAAUCGAUGUCUUUCGAAAUCUCGAUACUGUCAAGGCUGAGCCCUCUUCUGGGUCCUCUUUUUUCUUGGAUUGUUUGAUACAAUGGAGGGAGUUAAAUACAGCUGAGGAUUUUAUUUCAUUCUAUGAAGAAAUUAUGCCAUUUGUACAGACUUUGCCUUUGAUUCUAUUACACAAGGAUAUUAUAGUCUCAGGACUGCUCUCUAGGUUACAGUUGAAAUCGCGGCUUUCUCUAGAGGCUAUUCUCAGGUUGAUUGCAGAGUUAUCAAGAGAUCUACUUGAAGAUUUUUUACCCUUUCUUCCAAAGAUCGUUGACUCUUACCUGGCUCUUCUGAGAGAUGGUGCUGACAAGCAACCGGAAAUUAUUGAGCAGAUAUUCACUUCGUGGUCAUAUAUAAUGAUGUAUCUACAGAAGUAUCUCACACGAGAUGUUGUUCAUGUUCUCAAGGUAACAAUCAAGCUAAGAUUUUAUCCCAAAGAUUUUGUCCAGGAGUUUAUGGCUGAAGCACUGUCAUUUUUGAUGAGAAAUGCACCUACUCAACAGCUUGUAAAAGGUGUUCGGAAGAUUCUAUGUGAAGCUGCAAGAAAACCAUCCCAGACUAAAAACUUUGGAGUUAGUGCUUUGCUGUGGCAUAUUAUGAGAGGAACAUCGUCCAAGUUUCAUUCACGAGCAGGUCGAGUGCUGCGCUUAUUAAUAAAUGACCGCAACUUAAGUAUAGGUGACAGAUUUAACCAAGGAACUGAGACUGUUACUGAAGUUGUGAUAAUUGCUCUGGAAAGAUGUAUGGAGUUAAAUCCCAAUGAGCUGGUGCUGAUGUGGGACUGCUUGUAUGAGGAAAUAAAUGAUUGUGUAUCUGGCGAAUAUUCACAACAUUUAUCUCGUCUUCUAUCGGUGCUCAUAUCAACUAUUUCUGUUGAUCGUGGUCGAAAAGUUAGUGAUUACCAGCCAAUACUGGAAUUAGUCGAGUUGCUCAUAGGAGAAUUUAUAUUGCCCGAUGUUAGUGGUGGAGCAGAGGGGUUGGUAUCUGAAGCUGUUGAUAAGAUCCUUCAGCUCAUGCUGUGCGUUCUCGAUGGAAUAUUCAGUACCGACAAUAUGACUGUUAUCCCUAGAAUUGCCUCGCAGUGGGCUCCUGUCUUUCAAUUAAGGAGCUUAAGUUUGCUUACAUUUUUGAAAGAGUUGGUCUUGAAGGACUAUGCUAUACUUGCAUUCCGAAGUAAUAUUCUGAGUGGUUGGCUGAAUGUGCUGAAUUUAUCAAAGGGAGAAGCUCUACUUCUGAUGCUGGAAUUUUGUGAAAGGUUUCAAGUUAAAACAGGAGGUUUUAGUGUAGUAGAAGGAAUGCCGGAAGAGCUGGUUUUAAAGGCUCGUUGUUUCUUUCAGGAAGCAGUCUGCAACUGGUUUGGAGUGUUAAAGAGUAUGAGAGAUGGGGAUAUGACCAUUAAUCAAGUAGAUGAGGGCAAUUUGGCUUUACUUUGGGGAACCAUCUGUUGCUUCCCUUAUUUCUUAUCUGCUGAGGGGGAUGGGUUUUUGAUGGACUUGGUGGAUGUAAUCAAUCAACUAUUGACAACUGAAGCAGAUGUUAUUGGUGGAGUUCCCAAACCAAUUUGGCAGGGCCUUGUUGGUGCUGCUUUACACAGUUAUCGGAAUGCAGGAAGAACUGAAAGAUUUGAAAUUGAAGAUAUCAGCAGGAUUUUGCAUUUUGGAAAAAGUUGCAAGUCAUCUUGGAAAGUUCUGUCAGCCGUGGCAGAUUAUUUGGAUUUAAGUUAUGGGUCCAGCCUGCAAAGUAACAACAAUGUUGAGAUAACACAUCCAAAGCUUAAAGCAGCAGAACUGUUGGAUGCUAUGAAUGCAUAUUCAGAGAAUUUGUACGAUCCCAAUAAGGAACUUCGUGUGUCAACCCUCCGAGUAUUGUGUCAUUAUGAACUUCUGAAUCACGAAUCAUUGAGAUCAAAGCAGGUUGCUGACCGACAGAUGGAUAUGGAGGUUUCUGAUGUAAAUCAUGCUGGCACACAAUGUGGCGAUGUGUUUAAACUGCUUCUCUCAAUUGAGCAAACACCUAUCUCAAUCGCCACUAGUAGAAAGCUGACUUUGCUAGUAUCUAGAAUACGGACAUGUCUUGCUGCUCCAGGGACACCUGAAGUCUAUGUAUUGCCUGCAUUAUAUGGCAGUAUUGGGCUCUUAUACAACCAAUUUAUGGAUUUAUCAAAUUCAACUGUAGAGUGCCUUUCUGCUAUGAUCAUCACAUAUCCUGGGCUCCUAUGGGAUAGGUUUAUCGAAAUUUUUGAGCGUUGCCAGACCAGCUUCUUGAAAGCUCAUGGGUUAGACAACUCAAAUGUGGAAUCAUUUAGUGAGACAACUGAUUUGGUGGAACGGUUUCGCUCGUUUUGUGGCACAGCAUACUGUGACAGUUCCCGCUCAUCAAUAUUGUCUCUGCUACUCCAGGCUUUAGAGAAGAUUCCAACAUUUAUCGAGGCUCAUUCUCGGCAAAUUGUUCCAUUAUUUUUGAGAUUUAUGGGUUACAGUGAAGAAAGCCCUUGUUUGGAGUCUUUUGAUUCACAGGUUUGUGGAGUGAAGGAUUGGAAACUUGUACUCAUGGAGUGGCUUAAUCUAUUAAAAUUGAUGAAGAAUUCCAGAUCCUUUUACAAAAGUCAACUAUUGAAAGAAGUUUUGAUCAAUAGGCUGUUGGACAACAAUGAUGCUGAUAUACAAAUAAAGGUUCUGGAUUGUCUUUUGAACUGGAAGGAUGAAUUUUUGCUUCCUUAUGAGAAACAUUUGAAGAAUCUUGUCAAUUCAAAAUAUUUGAGAGAAGAGCUUGCUACCUGGAGUUUGUCCGAGGAUUCUAAUUUAGUUGAAGAAGAGCAUAGAGCCCAAAUUGUUCCUCUUGUUAUUCGAUUGCUUUUGCCAAAAGUCAGAAGCCUUAAAACACUAGCAUCAAGGAAGCAUGCAAGUGUGAGCAACCGAAAGGCAGUGCUUGGGUUCAUUGCUGAACUUAAUGUUUCGGAGCUUCCUCUUUUCUUUCAAUUAUUGAUGAAGUCUUUGCAGAUAAGUGAACCUAGUAAUCACGGAAUGGAAAGUUGUACCGGGAUUUCUAAGAAAAACAAUAUGGAUGAGUUUGAAUUGUCAAGUUUAUUAGAUCUUUUCACCACGGUGAGGAUCUUGGCUAUUCCCUGGAAGAAGAGAUAUGGGUUUCUACAUGUGGUCGAGGAAAUUUUGAGAAUAUUUGAUGCUUCACGUGUUAGUCCAUUUCUUGACCUUCUGUUGGGCUGUGUUGUCCGGGUACUCAAAAGCUGUGCUUCAAGUAUUCCCAGUAGAAGUAAUAAGCAGGCUGCUCAACUCGACAAUUCUUCUGAUGUUACCUUGCCAGAAGAUGGAAAUGAAGCUGUGAACCAUACCAGCUUGGAUGUCAAGCAGUUCAAAGAAAUGAGAUCGUUAUGCUUGAAGAUCAUUUCGUUUGUUCUUAAUAAGUAUGAGGGUUAUGAUUUGGGCUCUACAUUUUGGGAGAUAUUCUUUGAGGCAGUGAAGCCUUUAGUACAUGGAUUCAAACAGGAGGGUUCAAGUAGCGAGAAGCCAAGUUCCCUGUUCUUUUGCUUUAUUGCAAUGAGUCAGAGUCCGAUUCUUGUGUCUCUUUUAUGCAGAGAAAAGAACCUGAUACCAGAUAUCUUUUCGAUUUUAUCUGUUCCAACAGCUUCUGAAGCUAUAAUUUACAGCGUUCUCAAGUUUAUCGAGAACCUUCUAACCCUUGAAGUUGAACUUGGGAUUGAUAGAUAUGCUAUAGAAGAAGUUAUACUUUUAAACCUCGAGGGUCUUGUUGACAGCCUGCAUACUCUUCUUUACAAUUUCACGGAGAAAAAAAGAAAGUUGCUGAAACAUCCUGGGGAAACGGUGUUGAGAGUUUUGAAAUUCUUAGCAAAGUUCGUAAAGGAUCAAGCGACAGCACGAAAGUUUGUGGAUAUCUUGCUUUUGCUUGCAUCAGAUGGAAUCAAGAAUUCUGAUGUAUGUAUGGGAGCUUUGCAGAUCCUCAGAGAUAUAGUUCCAGCCUUACAGAGUGAAACUAACACUAAAAUCUUGAAGGCUAUAACUCCUAUUCUCAUUUCCGCUCAAAGGGACGUGCGCUUGUCAAUCUGUGAUCUACUUGACGCUCUCGCUGAGAAAGAUUCAUCUAUACGCUCUAUGGCAAAACUCGUAUGUGAAUUAAAUUCAACAUCUGCGAUGGAAAUGGGUGAACCUGAUUUUGAUAUUAUCAUCAAUGCUUAUGACAGAAUUACUGCAGACUUCUUCGUUGGUGUUAGAGAGGAUCAAGCAUUAGUGAUACUAUCCCAUUGUAUUUAUGACAUCAAAUCUGAAGAAUUAAUUCUAAGGCAGAGUGCAUAUAAGUCGCUGCUUACUUUUGUUGAAUUCUCUGCUCUCAUAAUUGGGGAAGGCUUGAUGAAGCAGGAAGGUGAUGACGGUUAUUGGACUGAUGUGCACAUCCAGAGUAUUGUAAAUAAAUUCCUUCUGAAGCACAUGGGAGAUGCAAUGACCAAAGGAACAACAAUGCGGAAGGAAUGGAUUGACUUGCUGCAUGAGAUGGUCCUGAAGCUUUCAGGAAUCCAAAAUCUUGGAACUCUGAAGGUCCUCUGCAGUGAAGAUGCUGAAGUAGACUUCUUUAACAACAUUGUUCACUUACAGAAACAUAGGAGAGCCAGGGCAUUAUCACGCUUUAGAAAUAUUGCAGCUACUGGGAAGCUUUCUGAGUUCAUGUUGAAAAAAGUGUUCAUCCCCCUCUUCUUCAGUAUGUUGUAUGACUUGCAAAUGGGGAAGGGAGAACAUCUAAAAACUGCCUACCUGGAUGCUCUUGCAUCUAUUUCUGGUCAGCUAGGAUGGAAAUCAUACUAUAAUAUGCUAAUGAGGUGUUUCAGGGAUAUGGAAAAGAGGCAUGAUAGGGAAAAGAUCUUGUUACGUCUUGUUUGUUCUAUUCUUGAUCAGUUCCAUUUUUCUAAGAAUGUUUCAUCCCAAGACUUAGGACUUCUUGCCAAUGAUGCGACAGAGAAUGACCUCAAACCUAUUUCAGUCAUGCUAUCCAAUGUCAGUUCUCCCGCAUUUUCUGUAAUACAGGCCUGUCUUACUAGUAUGGUACUGCCAAAGUUACAAAAACUGCUGUUAUCUGAUCCAGAAAAAGUUAAUGUUAUUAUCAGCGUUGCCAUAUUAAAAGUUCUUAAAUUACUUCCUGGGAACACCCUGGAUACCCAUCUUUCCAGUAUUAUUCAUCGAAUAUCAAACUUCUUGAAAAAUCGUCUGCAAAGCAUUCGUGAUGAAGCAAGAUGUGCGUUGGUUGCAUGUUUGAAGGAACUUGGAUUUGAGUACCUACAAUUUGUUGUCAAGGUCUUGAGGGCCACAUUGAAAAGAGGAUUUGAGCUUCAUGUUCUUGGAUAUACUGUCAACUUUAUCUUGUCAAAAGGCCUUACAGACUCUAUGGUUGGCAGGCUAGAUUACUGUUUGGGUGAACUGCUUAGUGUUGCUGAUAAUGACAUUUUUGGAGAGGUAUCCGAGCAAAAAGAGGUGGAAAAGGUUGCUUUCAAAAUGAAAGAGACUAGAAAGCAGAUGUCUUUCGAUUCACUUAAGUUGAUUGCUGAAAAUGUGACUUUCAAAACCCAUGGGUUAAAGCUGCUCUCUCCAGUAACAGCUCAUAUGAAGAAGCAUUUGACACCAAAAGUAAAAUUAAAACUGGAGACUAUGCUAACUCACAUUGCUGAUGGUAUUGAGAAAAACUCAUCUGUUGAUCAGACUGAUCUUUUUAUCUUCAUAUAUAGCCUCAUUGAUGAUUGGCUGUCUGAUGAGAAUCGUGAAAGUGAGACUUUAUUGGUGGAGGGGUCAGUGAUAGAAAAACCUUAUGACGCAGGAACUAAAACAGCUAUGAGAUGUUUUGUUGGGACUGAACCACAGUGCUCAUAUCUUAUUGCAGUCUUUGCUCUUCGACUGUUUCAUAAUCGUAUGAAAAAUUUGAAGUUUGACAAGAGCAAUGACCAACUGCUCUCAAUGUUGGAUCCCUUCAUAAAACCACUGACUAUUUGCCUGAGGUCUAAGUUUGAAGAGAUAAUCUCUGCUGCGCUCAAGUGUUUAUAUCCAAUGAUAAGACUGCCUUCUCCGUCUCUUGAAUCUCAAGCUGACAAGAUAAAAGUGACAUUAUUGGACAUUGCACAAAGUUCAUCUAAUGUAAAUACUCCUGUAAUGGAGUCCUGUCUGAAAUUAUUGACCGCCCUGCUCCAAAGCAGCAAAAUUACCCUUUCCACUGAUCAAUUGCAUGUUUUAAUCCAGUUUCCUCUCUUUGUUGAUCUUGAGAGAAACCCCUCCUUUCUUGCCUUGACACUUUUAAAAGCAAUUGUACGUCGAAAGCUUGUUGUCCAUGAAAUAUAUGAUGUGGUAACUCAAGUUGCAGAAUUGAUGGUAACUAGUCAAGAGGAAGCCAUGCGCAAAAGAUGCAGUCAGAUACUGCUGCAAUUCUUGCUCAAUUAUCAACUGUCUCAGAAACGCAGGCAGCAGCAUCUUGAUUUCCUUGUUGCUCAUCUGAGGUAUGAGCAUGCCACUGGGAGGGUAGCUGUGCUGGAAAUGCUUAAGACAAUCAUCAAGAGGUUUCCAGAGAGCAUAAUAUUUGAACAGUCAAAGACAUUCUUCCUCCAUUUGGUGCAUGCUUUGGCCAAUGACGCAGAUAAUCAAGUUCGCUCCUUGAUAGGCAUUGUUAUAAAACAUCUUAUCGGCCGCAUAAGCUCACGACCACUUGAACCGAUUUUGAAUAUCUGUCUUGCUUGGUACUUAGGGGAGAAACAACAGUUACGUAGCCCAGCAGCACAGGUCCUUGGAUUUGUUGUUGAAGUGAUGAAGAGAGGAUUUCUCAAGCACAUUAAUGAUGUACUGCCUAGAAUGAAGAUGAUUGUGCAGUCUACCAAUGAUGUGUUAAAUGUUGACCAGCUAAAUUUACCGGAUCAUGAAACAAUUCCCUUUUGGAAGGAUGCUUAUUACUCGUUUGUUUUGUUGGAAAAAAUUCUUACACAGAUUCCAGAUUUGUUCUUUGCGAGGGAUAUUGAAGAUAUAUGGCUAGCGGUCUCUGAGUUCCUUGUGCAUCCGCACCCAUGGAUUUGUAACAUAUCCAACCGUCUUGUGGCAUUAUACUUUGAGCAGAUGGUAAAGCAAGGAAAGAAAAUAGGAACAACUUGCCUCACAAGCACAAGUAGGAUGUUCUUGAUAGCUUCCUCUCUAUGCUGUCAAUUGAAGAUUCAACUCCCUGAUAAAGGUGUAAGAAGACUUGUUAAGUGCAAUAUUGCAUUUGCAAUAUGUGGGAUUCAGUCUUUAUUGCGUCAAACGGAAUUCAAUGAUCCUGGUACAUUUUGGCCCUCCCUUGAUCCACGUGAGCAAGGAUGUUUUCUUAAAGCUUGUCAGCUGCUUGAUCCUAAAAGCGGAAAGAGUAUUACUGCAUUGUUCACUUGUGGAUUUGAUGAUGAAAAUCUUGGUCAGAAAAAUAAUGAUAUUAGCUACUUACUUGUGUCUGGUUUACUUAACACAAUGGGAAGAGCUGCUCUCCAAACUGAGGAUGCUCAGACAAAGAUGAUUCUUGGCAGUAUUAAACUGAUUGCUGAUCAGACCAGCCAGGAAGACUGCCAGCAGUACGCCUAUCUGCUGCUGUUUCCAAUUUACAAACUCUGUGAGGGCUUUGCUGGAAAAGUAGUCUCAGAUGAUGUGAAGCAACGUGCAGAAAAAGUUCGUCAAAAGUUACAGGACAAACUUGGUAUCCAGAACUUUGUACAAGCAUACAACCAGAUGAGACAUGAUCUUGGUGAAAAACGAUUCAAGAGGAAGCGAGAGGAGAAGGUCAUGGCUGUCGUUAAUCCUGUCAGAAAUGCCAAGAGAAAAAUGAGAGUUUCCGCCAAGCAUCAAGCCCAUAAGAAAAGGAAAAUGAUGGCAAUGAAGAUGAGUAGAUGGAUGCGUUAGAACCCAACAAAGGUUGCAGUUGGCUCAUCUUUCCUAGUUUGGCUAUUAAUUUUCCUCUGUUCCUUAUAGGCGACACAGUUCUCCAUUUUUGUGAGAGUUUUUUGUGAGAAAGGUGUCACGUAAAAAGAAACGGAGGAAGUAUUAAUGUAACGAGAGCUAUAGAGAGGGAUCGAUGACAAGUUUAGGGUGAUCGGAUAUAAACCUCAAGUAGGGAGGGGGAUAAUUCAUUGAUUGUUUAUAGGGAGGGCGGCUGCUUGUAUAUAGAUCGAUGUACCUUAAAUAUGGGAGAAGCAAAUUUUGUUAGAAAAUUUAUUUGCAUGUAUCUAAUUGUCAUUGAUUAAAGAUUGAAGAUAUACACUUGAACACUUGUGUAUGUUUUCCUAAAUCUUUAUGGAAGCUUGGUAGCUUAAGAA